AUGGAUGGAAAAGGCACCCGGCACCUUGAUGAGACGGACGUCAAGAAUAUUGUGAGCACCUUGCUCGGCCACAGCCGUAGCGAAAACUCUCUCACACGAGCGGCCGCUUGCCAUGUUCUUUGGCUCUCCUACCUCGAGUCCUCGCACAGCCUACAACGCUGGAUUUGUGAAGGGGUUCUUGCUGCACUGCUGCCUGAGCUGCAGAAGUUCCCCACCGAAACGCCCUGUUGGGCACUCAGACACAUUCGCUACGUCUUCCGGUCGCUCAAUGAAGAAGAGCACUACCAGCUCGUUACUUUGCUUCUAGUGUGGUUCUGCACGGCAGACGACGUGGCCACUCAGCGCGAUUUGAAGUCUGUGCUGGAGAUCCUUCUUACAGCUCCCCGAGCCACACCCAGAGUUUGCUUGCACGCCCUUUUCGACCUUGGCAAAUUGCAUAUGCGGCUCCUUGACGUGCAUCCAGACAUUUCUGACGAACGCGCUGAGAAGAUCCGGUUAGUGGAAGACUUGCUGUUUCUAUGCGAGCGCUGA